GACGUAGUGGACGGAGGGUGUAUGUCGUCGCUCUGAUGUAGGGACGAAGGCUUUUCAUUUUUUUUCACUGCAUUGGACGGUAGAAGUUUUCUUUUGUGCUGUUCUUUAUAUAUUUAUGGUGACCUCGUUUCCCGAAUGGAUAAUGUGUUCGGUGCCUAAGGAUUUAAGUGCGAUUUUCGAGGAUUAGUGAAACACGUGUUUGUUAGGUUUUGUAGUGACUACAAGUGUUUACAAUAAUUUUUGUUGAUGAAUUCGAGGAAAGCAAAUUUAUGAAUGGAAAUAUAAUAAGGAAAUACACAGAGGAAUCACGACAAAUACCCCGUCAAAAGUUGUCAGGAAAACACACCCAGUGGAUAAGUGGAGGAGAGGAGGAAGAGAAAGAUUAACGAAGGGAAUGAUGGCAGUGAAGUAAACAGCCAGGAGAUUUUCCCCUAAAUCGACGCCCUUCACCGGUUCUCUGAAGGUUCCAGGUGAACCCCAAGAUGGGCGGGCGAGACGUGGGCGGACACACGCCCAUAUUCCUGGUCGCGGCUCUCUACCUGGUCGUCUCUCCGUGUACAGGACAGUAUCGGUCGCCCGAGAUAACGGAACACCCGACGGACCUACUUGUGCCGCGCAACGAACCGGCGACCCUCAACUGCCACGCCGUCGGCCGCCCCGACCCGGAGAUCACGUGGUACAAGGACGGAAAGCCCUUCGACCUGCACAACAAGCGGCACGUUCAGCUGAAGACGGGCGGCCUGUUCUUCCUGAAGGUGCUGCAGACGAAGAAGGACAACGACGCGGGCGUGUACUGGUGCGUGGCCUCGAACUCCGUCGGCAAAGUCACCAGCAGGAACGCCACGCUCGAGAUCGCCAUUCUACGGGAUGAGUUCCGCGUGAUGCCGGAGCAGGCGCGGGUGGCGGAGGGCGAGACGGCGCUGCUCGCGUGCCUGCCGCCCCGCGGCAACCCGGAGCCCGCAGUGUCCUGGGUCAAGGACGGCGUCCCGCUCGACCCCGCCACGCAACACAGGUACCGGCUGGUGGACGGAGGGAGCCUGGUGAUCAGCGGCGUGCGCGUGUCCGACACCGGCGAGUACGUAUGCCGCGCCUGGAACGUCUUCGGCAAGCGGGAGACGCCGCCGGCGAUGCUCACCGUCCUUGUGGCGCCCCAUCUGGUGUCGUCGUCGGGCUCGGUGACGGGCGCCGCGGGGUCCACCGUCGAACUCGUGUGCCGCGUGGGCGGCGAUCCUCCGCCCGAGGUCUUCUGGCGACGCGUCGAUCCUCCGGGUGAACUGCCCCUCGGGAGGAUGGCCCUCGAGGAGAGCAGUCAGGUGCUAAGGAUUCAUCACGUCGCUCCGGAGGACCAGGGAGUGUACUCCUGCCAGGCCGAAAACCCCGUCGGCUCUGUAGCCGCCAAUAUUACACUCAACGUCCAUUCUCGUCCCCUGAUCACGGUGACGCCCCUGGACGCCCGAGUAGGAAUCAACGGCACGGCCUCCUUCGAGUGCGCCACGUCCGGCUCGCCGCCGCCCACCACCUACUGGACGCACGAGGGCUCCGGCAACGUGGUGAGCGCCGGCCAGACCUGGGGCGGCGGCCGCUGGUUCGUGGACGCCCACAAUACGCUCACCAUCCGCGGCGUCAAGCGCGAGGACCAGGGCUACUACGUCUGCUCGGCUGUGGGUGUGGCGGGGUCGGCGCUGGCCCGCGCGCACCUCGAGGUACAGGACGUGGCCGACAUGCCGCCGCCCAUCAUCGCUCUGGGGGCAUCCAACCAGACGCUUCCGCUGGGAACGGAGGGCGAGAUGCCUUGCGAGGCCCGCGGGACGCCCGAGCCCUCCGUGGCGUGGGAGCGGGCAGGCAAGCCCAUCAAGGCCCACGGCAGGAUCUCCCUCACGCCCCUCGGCACACUCAGGAUCAAAGAUCUGAAGAUGUCGGACACCGACGUGUACACGUGCACGGCGCGGUCGGAGGCGGGCGAGACGACCUGGACGGCCUCGAUGGUCGUCGCCAAACCCACCAACCCCAACGUGGCCUUUUUCAAGAUCCCCGAUGAAGGCACACUGCCGGAGGCCCCCGGGCAGGUGUCGGUGCUGGGAGUGAACACGACCUUCGUGACGCUGGGCUGGCGGCGCGGGCGGCCCGGCUCCUCGUCGCUGCUCGGCUACACCGUCCAGUACUGGAGUCCGGACCUCCGAGGGGCGUGGGCCACCGCCUCCACCCAGCAGACGGCCGCCUCGAGCCACACGCCCACGCCCGUGUCGAUCACCGUGACGGAUCUCCGGCCGGACACGCGCUACGUCUUCGUGGUGCGCGCUCGGAACUCGCACGGCGUGUCGCGGCCGUCGCCCGUCACCCACACCGUCCGCACCCUGGCCGAAGGUGCGGGCGGGGCGCCGCCGUUGCACGACAUCAGGGCGCGGCUCUCGCAGUCCGCCGUGAGACUCGUCAGCGUCGAGCCUAUGUCGGAGUCCUCGCUCAGACUGACGUGGCAGCUCUUGGUCGACGCAAAUCUGCUGGAGGGCGUAUACGUACGCUACCGGCCCCUCGAGACCCAGCACGGCAACCCCAGCGGCGCCCUCAGCGUCGAGACGGUCGUGCUGCACGACAACGGUGCUCCGCCCACCUCCCACGUGGUGAGCAACCUGCGACCGGCCACGUGGUACGAGGUGUUCGUGGUGCCCUUCUACCGCGCCGUGGAGGGCCAGGCCACCGCCGCCGUGCGGGCCACCACCCUCGAGGCGCCCCCGGCGGUGCCGCCCCUCGGACUCCACUACUCCUAUGUCAACGCCACCGCCGUGCGCGUCACGUGGGACCCCAUCCCGGCUAGCUCGUCCAACGGACGCAUCAUUGGCUACAAUCUUCAGGUAACCGACGCAGGAAACGGCAGCCACGUGAUGGUGAACACAACGGUGAACAACACGUGGACUCUGGUGCCGGGGCUGGUGCCCGGCGCCACGUACCGGGUCACGCUGAGGGGCGUCACGGCCAGGGGCCCCGGGCCAGUGUCGUCCCCCCUCGUGCUCACCCUCCCCCCCGGAUCGACGUCGCACCCCCCGGACAUCCAGGAGUCCUCGCCCUUCGACAACAACACGUACCUGAUCGUGGGCAUCUCCGUGGCCGCAGGCGUGCUCUUCGUGGUGCUCGCGGGCAUCGUCUACUGCAUAUAUCGGCGGCGACACAACAACAAGUGUCCUCAGUACUACAGCAAGGCAGGUGAAGGGAGCGGUCCUUGGGCAGAGUACCCCGGCUGCUGGGGCGAGCCGGGUGUGGACAGGGGCGUCACGGGAACCAUGUACACGGACGUCGGGAGCCGCGGCGUGCCCAUCACGCAGCUGUACCACCACCCGCCCGCGCCCGAGUCCAGCAAAGGGGGCUACGAGAGCCGCCCGCCGGAGGAUGUCUACGAGGACCCCGACGGACUCAAGCUCGUCUCUUUCGGAGGACACGUCGACCGAAUGUGUCUGUCGCCCGAGCCGUACGCCACGACGCCGCUGAUCGGCGACAUGUUCCGCGGCCCCGGGGGCACACGCUUGCCGCCCAACAUCCCGGUGAGCCCCGGCCAGAGCCUGGGCACCGCCAAGCAGCCCUCCGACGACUCCUGCACCAAGACGGCCUCCAGCGACCACAGCGGCAGCCACGCUAGCCACCGCUCGCACAACUUCAACAACCAGUCGGAUAAAGGUGUCCUGACGGGCCCGGUGCUGCAGUUCCCGCCGCCGCCGCCGCCGCCCCUCAUGGACGGCAACCAGUCGAGCGACAACACCCUGGCCUCCACCGGAAGCCGCGGACACUCGCCCUCCACCCGCCUCCUCCUGCAGCAGCUCCCGUACGGCGGCUCGUCAUCCGGCGGGUCGCACCGCUCGCACGGAAGCCCCCUGCUGGGGCCUCGCCCCCCGCGCUCCACGCUGCGCGCCCCGCCCUCGCCCCUGGCCGGCCACGCCACGGACUACGAGGUGCGCAUGAUGGGCUGCCGGGGCACGUACCCGCGCCUGGAGAUGGCCGGCCUGGGCGAGCAGCGCUACGCUGCGGAGGUGCAGACGGGCGAGGAGAACGCCGCGUCCGUCGGCGUGGGCACGAAUCCGCGUAACAUCCCCGAGGAGACGAGCGACGUGGAGUGGUACUCGCAGCCGCUCCUCAACGGAAGGACCUCCCCCGAGUCCUCCACCCUGGGCGACGCCGAGGAGUCCGAGGACGAGUCCCGAUGCUCAUCAGGGGGAUCCUGCUGCUCCGCCCACCACCCACUCUCCCACGCCCAGGACCUGAACUGGGCGGAGGCGCUGCGGGCGGCCGGCGAGGCGAGGUGGGGGCGCGGGGGCUCCUUCUGCAGCACGGACGAGAGCACGUACGCCCCCGCGCAGUCCCUUAACGCCCGCCCGCCGAGACCGCCAUGCCCCAAGAAGCACAAGCCACGCCCACAGUACAACCACCACGCCCAGCUGGACGGACAAGCGAACGUGACGUCGCCUCUGGUGUAGAGGCGCAAAGGACAGGAGUGGAAUUCGACAUGGCGCUAUAUCAGUGUUCAGAGUUGUGAAUAGUUGUUGACGCAUUAUAGACAAACAAACACAAAGACAUGUACAUAAGAUGUAUUUUAUUACAGUGAACACUAGUCCAGAAAUACAUCGCCGUGCUUACUGCUUGAAAUACAUUUUUUGUUGUCAGCAGGACAACAUACAUGUAACUUAGUGGCCUUCUGUUCUUGUGCUCGUCCUAUCUUCCAUGAACCUUCUUUGUUCGUGUGAAAUAACAAAAAACAAAAACAAACAAAAAAAAACUUUCUCGGCAAUUCCAGUGAGACCGUUUACUCAAGAGCUUUACAAACCCCCGAGAAGAAAUGAGAUAUCUGUAAGACAAUAUACAAAAAAGUGUAUUUUAAGUGUAUCUGUGUAGGACACUGACACUGUUGCUUGUGAAGUGUUCGCACACCAGAGGACAGUUGCGUGGGCAUCACAAGUGUUCUUUUUUUUCUUUUUUCAUGAACCAUAAUCUUACAUCCCUCGACCCCCAUUUUUAUUAUUUAUAUUCGUGAGCUUUUUUUCCUUCCUCAAAAUCAGACUGUGUUGGAGUGGAAGCGAAACGAUGUGUAGUCAAGUCAUUGUAAAGUUAGUGCCGACUUCCGCUCUUGUCGUGUUUAAAAAAAAAAAGAUAAAAACACAGGUGCUUCAUGUUGCUUGUCUUUCGUACAGCUGCAGUGUUUUUUGUAUGUGAUGGUGAGAGACUUGAAAGGGGUAUAGGGGGCGUGUCGCGAGCGAGGGGGGAGGGGCACACACAAUCACCGCCCGCCCCGCCCCCCUCCCCGUCGCUGCAUGGUGAAUGGUGCCCACGACCCGACGCCUCGGCUCUCGGGAGGCGGCGUCUCCAUGCUAAGACUCUUCGCCCCUCGUCGCCCGCUGUCCCAGAUGUCAACGCGACGACACAUGUGCUCCUUGGUGUUUUUCGUACCGUAGCAAGUUUGCGUAAAAAAAAGUGUGGACGUUAGCCGUAAGGUUAACGAAGAAGUGGGGUCGUCCUUCGGUUUUAAUCGCUAGAGGUGUGGAUUCGAUUCCUUGUAGGACAUUUUGUCUUUCUCAUCCGGUACUUCGCCGUUUCGGUUGACUCAAAUGAAACAGUAGAAGUCCAUUUCCCUUUUUUGCGCAUGGCUUGAGCGACUUUGCUCGGCUGUCCAUCAUGCUAGUCGAUUUCACACGUUUCUUCAAAGUAAGCACAAGCAAGCCUGGUUGAUGGAAGGGAAGUUCACCGCGUUAACCAUGGCAGCCUUGUUCUCAUCAUUCAGACGGGUAGAUUACUUGACGGAAACAGAUGUUAAGAAGUAAUAAGUAGAUUGAAAAAAAAGAACAGUUCGGCCUGCACCUCUAGUCCGAAUGACACGGACUUCCCCGUUCUACUUUUGUUGUCGACGAAACGAUCGCAUUCAGUCCAUCCCGUUGAGCACCACACGCGCGCCGGCCCGCAGCUCCACGCCCGUCUUGGAGGGUCCUCAGACGCGUGGUGCUGCGCCGCCUCGCCCCUUCUCAUUUCAUGAAUGGCCUCUGUAUAAGCUGUACGUACAUACUUGUGGGUGCUAAGUCACGGCUCACGCAUACUUGUUACGCUCAUGUAAAGAGUGACGUCCGUUUAUUUACGCACGUGAACCUGGGCCCUGCUGGCCUACAGCUCCUCCUGCCUGCGCUACUGUUGGCAUGGGGAUUGUUUCCUUUACAUAGAUUGAUGUAAAAGUUGUCCAAAGCGUUUUUCUUCUUUUUUGCUUAGUCCAGAUAUGGGUUUUGGACAUUGAGGAAUUGAUAUUAUAUUUUCUGAAGACCGUAGCGUUAGGCACAUGAUCUGUAGAGAAAGUAAGGAAAGCCCAGGUUUAGUCGGUCGUCGCCAAAUAUAUAGAUAAAUAAAACAUUAUCUGAUAUUCAGACCCUUCAGCUGUGAUACAGGAUUAGUCAGUCUGUUGUCUUAACGUAUAGGUGGAGUCUGCCCCACGGCGGAGCGGUCACGACUGUACUGAUAGUUUGAGUCCCUGGUUUCAGAGCAGCUGCGGCUCCAGACGGGAACAGCCGCGGGCGGUGGCGGGGACCCGCUCACUCCCGCCGAGCAGAGCCGGCCCUGUCGGCUCGCUCGCUCGCUCGUCCGCACUCGUAAUGAUCACAAAUGUUUACACAGGGAUAUUUUCAUACGGUCUCUCAGGAGCACCCUGCCACACUCCGCCGGCGCCGCUCUCCCGCCGCGCGCGCGAGGCCGAGGUCCCGCCGCCGCCGCGUCCCCAGCCAGAGACUGGGUCAGACCACCAAGUUUUUACUCCACGGUGCUUCUCAUACCUGCCCGUACUGCUGUUGCCGCUGUUGCCUCUAAAUUACGUCUGCUUUAUUAAUGUAUUUAAAUGUAAAUUGCUGUUUUUAAUCGUUUAAGCAUAUUUAUUACUGUAUGAAUGGAUUACCGUGUAAAUUAAUUUGCAGUGAAUGGUACGGAGAGCAUAAGAAAAAAAAAGUUAUAAUAAGCCAUAUACGACGCUGUACGAGAGAGAGAGAGAGAUAACCCAAGAUUUUAAAGAAAACAAUCCUUUCAGGUUCUAAAUGAUUCCCUUAAACAGUGAAACAUGUUUAACAAAAAAGGUAAAAUAGCUUGCAUUCUGGUAUAAGAGCUAGUGAGAGCAGAGCCCCUGGGGACGAGAGCCAGGGGAAUCGACCCGCGGGUGAGGUUGACCCAGGUGCGUUUGGAUGAACUCUUCUGGAGGGAGUGAGUCGUGUACAAAGGUAUUUUUAGUCAGUUUGUAUAGACAUAUUCGAGAGUUUUAUAAUAAAAAAAUAAAUCACAAA